CGCGCCGUGAACCCGGAGCAAGGGGCUUUUGGUCCGACGGUGAAAGUCGCCUGAGCCCGAGGUCCAGGCGUCGGAAGGCCACCCAAGCCCCGCAGCCGGAGCACAGCUCGGGAUAUGAGGCCCCUCCCACCCUGAGCGCGUCACUCUCGGGCGCGCGCCCACUACUGGCGUGCGCAACCGCCAUAUCUUCCCUUUAGCCGAGUGAAGUGGCUUGUUAGUAGAAGUCUGUGAGCACGGAGGAAAAGCAUCCAUCCCAGAGCCAUGGUCCACGUCUUCCUCAUCCACACCUUGCGGACCACGAAGGUUGAGGAGGGCCUUUGCCGAGUGCUCUACUCCUGCUUCUUUGGUACUGAGAAUUCACCCAACGACCCACAGCCACAUGGUGCUGAGAGGGACAGGCUCCUCCGAAAGGAGCAGAUUUUGGCCGUGGCCAGGCAGGUGGAGUCCAUGUGCCAGCUGCAGCAGCAGGCGUGCGGCCGGCCUGCUGUGGACCUGCAGCCCCAGUCCUCAGAUGACCCAGUGCACCUGCAUGAGUCCCCAUGUGGGGCCUUCCACCUGACGGCAGGGGACCCUUUCCAGGAGCCUCGGACAGUGGUGUGGCUAGGAGUGCUCUCAUUAGGCUUCGCCCUGGUGCUGAACGCCCACGAGAACCUGCUGCUGGCAGAGAGCACGCUUCGGCUGCUGGCCCGCCUUCUCCUUGAGCACCUCCGGCUGCUGGUCCCCACUGCCAACCUCCUGCUGCGGGCUGACUGCAUCGAGGGCAUCCUCGCCCGCUUCCUGCCUCAUGGUCAGCUGCUUUUCCUCAAUGACCAGUUUGUCCAGGGUCUGGAGAAAGAAUUCAGUGCUGCCUGGCCCCGCUGA